GAACAGCUUAAGUCACUAGCUGUUGAUCACAUCAUGGGUGACAUGGAAGAGGGUGCAAAUGUUCAAAGGCCACCACUGCUACGUGGACCUAAUUACAAUUUUUGGAAAGGCAGAAUGAGGGCUUUCCUUAAAUCACUUGGAGGUGGUGUCUGGAGGAGCGUGGAGGCAGGUUGGACGGAGCCACGAAAAUACUCAGAAGAUCUGACCUCAUCAACUAUUAAGCCAUUUGAAGAAUACAGCAUAACAGAAGCGAUUGCAGCAGAAUUCAAUGACAAAGCCCUGAAUGCAAUUUUCGGAGCAGUUGACUCUACCCAGUACAAACUCAUCUCAAACUGUGACAAUGCCAAAGAAGCUUGGGAUAUUCUCGAGGUUGCUCAUGAAGGAGAUGAGGAAGUAAAAACAGCCAAGUAUCAAAUUCUCAUGACACAAUACGAGAAUCUGCGCAUGGAUGAUAAAGAGAAAAUUACAGAAUUUCAUGGUAGAGUGAGAGACAUUGCAAAUCAGGCUGCACGUCUAAAUGAACCCAUCCCUGAAAACAAACUAGUACUCAAGGUAUUACGAUCAUUGCCAAAAGAAUAUGACAUGGACGUUAAGGCGAUCAGAAGAUCUCACAACAUCAAAACCAUGACUCUUGAUGCACUUAUGGGAAUACUGAAGUCAAUUGAGCUUGACAUGAUGGAAGACAGUAAGCGACGGAAGCCAGACAAACAAAUUGCAUUCUCUAGCACUGAGGCAGAAGAUGACAGUGAAAAUGAUCUGUCACUGGAUGAAGACUUUCGGGAACAGCUAUCACUCUUCACACGGCAGUUCAAAAAACAAUGGAUGCAGAAGAAAGGAAAUCAACGAAUGGAAGGAACAUCAAAGGGACUUAUUCAGAGAGACAUCAGGCCCAGAGAAGUGAAAUACCCCGACAGUGUUACUUCUGUGAAGAAAAAGGGACCACAAUGCUUUGAAUGUGGUGGAUAUGGACACAUUCAAUCUGAAUGCGCAAACAAUUUGAAGAAAAAGAGACAGGCAUUUACAGCGACCUGGAGUGAAGAAGAAAUAGAUGAACAUAGUGAUCAUGGUGAGUACAAUUGUGCCUUCAUUGCCUGUGAAAACUCAGAUUUGGAAGACAGUCUUGCCGAACAACUUGAAGAUUUACAAGAGAAGUGGGCAGAACUGCUGAUGGUGAACAAACGAAAUGUGGCAGACAAAAACAGAUUACUCUCUGAGAUGGAUGCACUUAAGCAGAAGAUUGAAGAAUCAAAGCACAAGAUUAACAAACUGGAAGGAGAAAACUCAAACUUGCGCUAUGAAAUCGAUCAACUAAAGUCCUAUCAGAAAUGGAUUAAGGUAGCAGGGGCCGAUGUGCUAGAUCAUCAUUCACUUAUGGAAAAGCCUCCAGGAGACAUGACAUGUAUCGGAUUCACUAAUAUAGGAAGCACCUCAAAAUCUCAAGAGAUCAAGUUUGUCAAAGCACUUGAGGAAGCACCUCCGCACCUCCUGAAUAUCAAGUCAAGAGAAGUCUUCUGAAUAGCACUCGUAACGAUCACCACACCUCCUACAGAUGUUACAGAUGCAGAGAAUGGGGACAUGUAAAACGUCAGUGCAUCAAGAAAUGGAGUAAGCAGGU